GCUAGGCGGCACUUGGCCGUGUCCAGACCUCUCAGCGGGCCCAGAGCCUUACAAAACAGGCAGGUGCUUCCCCGUGCCYGGGGUUCUGCGGCGGGCGCAUGGCCUCGCAGAGUGCCCAGGAGGGCGUCGGUGACCCCGCGCCGUCUCCAAAGCAGCCCGGCAAAACUCCCAGGUAUGUAUCCAAAUACAGAUCAUUAGUGAAACAUGAAGCAAAAAAAAAUAAAUCUCAGUGGAAAACUAUGGGCCCAGCAAAAGUUGCAGUGCCAUCUCCAAGUGAUUAUCUGCUGAAACAUUCCAAGGAACCCAAGCUAGCACCAAGAAAAAAAGAACAGGAUGAAAAAAAAUUGCGUCCAUCAACAUUGCCACUGAGGACAUACCACCCAGUUAUUCGGAUUAGCAAGGAUUUUGUAAAUAAAAAUGCAGUUGCUGUUAUCACAGGGGAGCCUAAAAAGCCUCGACCUUUUUGUGUUGAUACAAGACAGGGAGAUAAAUAUCUCCUUGAACCUUCUGGACUUGUUCCAAAAUACAUUAAAAAAAAGAGUUAUGGUGUCACACCAACGUAUGUGACACGGAGAAAUGAAGAAAUUAAGAGAGAGAGGGAGGAAUAUGAGGCCAGCAUCUUAGAGGAACUCAAGAAGAAAGCUAUGAAAUGUCUAUCUGAUGAAGAAAAGACAAAUAUUUUGAAGGCACUGAAAAAGAAUUGGGAGGCCCUAAAUAAUGCAUUUCAGAGACUUCCAGUACUAACAGACACCAGGUACAAGAGGAUGCAUAAAGAAGAGCUGGAAUUAAAGCUGAGACAACUGGAACAUGACAUAGAAGCAAUCGAGAAGCACAAAGAUGUCUACAUUGCAAAUGUGUAAGGACUGUUGUUCAGAUAUUGCCUCUCUUCUCCUUCUUCUCUAUCCCUUUUCUCCAAAAAGUGCCUCUUUAAAUUCUCAGAAGACACUACUGUCAACUAUUUAGAAGGAAAUACUCAACUAAGUAUGUAGCUUCUUAGAAAAGUUGUUGCAUAUAGCUCUCAUCUGUACAAUUCCCAAAAUGUUUUGAAAUAAAAUUCGUAACUAGACUUUGAGUAUAAAUAGUGAAUUUAAUUUAUUAUUCUUUGUAAUUUUUAUUAACUACUGAGAUUUCUAUAAGCAUCAUACAAAAAGUAUAUAAAACACUGCUUCAUAUGUUUGGAGUACAUCUUGCCUUGCCUAGCCAAAACAAAGGGAAAUAAUUGGCUGUCGAAGACAGCUUGGUAAAUACUUCAGAAUGGAAUGGCUUCUGGAAUACAUAUUAAAGAGUUGUGCUUUACUUAAAAGCUUGAGAGAUUGUAUUUCUAAACAGCUUGGCUUCUGCAUAACAUUUUCUGUACUCAUUUUUUAUUACCAAGACYAAUUUUUAAUGUGGAAACCUAUAAUAAUAUAGACUUCAUGCAAUACAGAUACCACAUAUAGCUGGCUGUGUGUUUUUACAAGUGCAUAAUUCUGUAAUAUUAUAUUAAAUCUGCAAUUUAAUUAGAAAAAUGUGUUUUGACUGGAAUUGUGUGUACUGUUAGAAUGAAAGCAAUAUACAAGCAUCUGAGCUUAAACUUACACAAAAAUUAUGUCAGCACACUAUUGCAAUUGUUUGUAUAGAAGAAAAAAAAUGUUUUUCUUUCCUACUGCUUAACCUUUGCUUCAUAGAAUCAUAGAUUUUUUUUAAAUUAGAAAAGACCUUUCUCAGCCUUUCAGAACACAGUUUUUUUCUCUAUGGUGUCAAUCACUACCACCACCAGUGACAUCAUCAUAUCUGACACCAGCAAAGGAUAAAGCAAAAAAUUUGAAAUAAGCUAUGAAAAGCCAAAUUUUCCCAUACAUUAAGUUCCUUUCCUGAAUUUAUUAGGGAAUGGCUUUGAAGACUUCACAGUGAUUUUAGGCUAUAUUUCUUGUGCAUCUUAUACUUGUCUGUGACAUGCAUUAGGAACUUGUGGGUGAGCAGGAAUGUGUAUUUUGUUCUUUGUAACUUAUUGUUAGGCAAUCAUGUUUAUUUUUUAAGGAUUUAAGCUGGAAGAAAGCUGAUGAUUUGUAAAAUGUACACACUGUAUAUUUUAACAAAACCACACUUUAGCACUUAACAUGUCACAUUAUCUUCUAGUGAAAUACCUGCUGUCCUUGAGAAAUGCAAUUUAAUCAGAAGAGGCUGUUUCUUAUGGCUUGAAACAAAAGGAUUUGACUCCAAAAGAACAUGCAUUCCCACAGCCUCCCUCUCAGCUUUUGUUGGUAGACUAUAUGGCUGAUUUAGGUUAGGAUCUSUAUUUGGUUCUUCCAUUUAUCAUUAGUGCUAAUUUUAUGGAAGUGUAAAGUAGAUGGUGGCCUAUYCUUAAAUUUGGGAUAAGCAGCUAGGCCAUGCUUAGAAACAUUCAUUAUUCACUAGUAGAAAUGACUGCUUUUUAAAAUUGUUGAGGAUAUUAAUAUAUUAUUGGUAAAUUAGGGAGUGAAAGGGGAAGGAAUGCAAAAAGUAUUCCUGCUUAACAGAAGAGGAAGAGACAAAAGCCAAUGUCCUUCUGGAGCUCAGUGGACUGUCAGUAAUGUCUUUCAACAGUGCUGUGGGUUUUUUUUCGUGACCCUCAUAUAACUCUUCACAGACAGCUCUGYUGAACGUUCCCCUCAUGAGACAUGUGAAUUGCUUCUGUCACCUUAAUGGAGAGGCUGUAACUCCUUUUGGUGUGUAUUCUAUGGGACCUGCCAACACUUCUGAUUAUGGAAAAAGGAUAUUAUAGUGAAAAUCAUUGAAAAUGCAUGCAGAAGGAUAACAUUCUUACCCUUUAGCUCUCUCUGGGAAGUUUGACAAAAUAAAUUUACUGAAUCCAARGAAUGUAACUCUGUAUUUAUAUGUUCAGGAAAUGCCAGUAAUGGAAAAUAUAAUGCUUUUGAAUCAACUAAUAUGUACCAUGGGUAUAACAAAAUUAAAACGGUGAAUAAACUCAAUUGUUCUGAUAGAGUUGCUCCCUCAUAAAAGCUAUUAAACAGUAACAGAAAUAAGUCUGUCC